AUGGAGAGCCUAUCCAAGUUUGUGCAGCUGAUGCUAUUGCAUGUCGAACUACCUGUAUGGUUUGACAAAAAUAAUGAACAGGACAGCCAGUCUAUAGACAUAUCCAUUUCCCAGCUUUCCUCUCAACUUGCAUUUGUAAAUGAACAGUUGAUCAAAAUACCUCAAAAGAGACGAUUUCCCAGAGUAAUCGAGACUCAGAUAUGGAAACUCUAUGAAGCUCAACUUGUCCAAGUCAAACAGACGUUGCAGCAACGAUCGGAAUGGGAGAGAACCUCUUCAAUUUAUUUUAAACUUAUCAAGAAACUGUUUGAGUGGAUGCGAAACACAUGUGCGGAUGUACCAGAAAAUCAAUGGAUUGCUAGCGAGAUUCAAGUGCAUACUAUUGUUAAUGAUAUCCUACUGGAUCUGAUUGAUUGGCGUAAUCAUGCAGGCGAAGAGUCUGAAAGAAAAGACGCAACUCAAGCAAUUGACAUGGGGAUGCAAGCAUUGUCAAAUAUGUGCACUUCCAACACUUUAGUGCAGUCGUCUAUCUGGCAAUUUUUUGUGAGGGAAUCGCAGCUUCUUAGCUUGUUUCUGUUAUUUGCCGAUCCUGCGUCAGUCAAUAAAGAUUUUGUUGAUAAUAUUACUGGCUCUGAAGCAAUUGCAUCUAUUUUGAAUGUUUUUGCAAAUGAAAGCGGUACUCAAACUGACAAUUUUGAAUUAAGCUAUUCAUGUAUAAAGAACCUGUUGAUAUCAGACUUGGCUCCAGCUAUAUGGACAUCUUUGGAGCAAAUAGAGAAUGGAGGCAUGUCUUCAGUGCAUGUAGCGUUACUAAAAGCUCUUGAUGGAAUGGUAAACGGUUCUGCGCAACUGAAUGUGAGCUUGCCAAACACAAGCAAGUUGAUAUCGAGAAUACUAGUUUCAACAACCAAAAAGCUUCAAACAUUACUAAGUACUCCUGAACCUCAGUUGGAUUCAUCUAUACAACACAUUUGCACAUUCGUUGUGCUUGUUUUACAAUAUCUCGGAGUGGCAUCACAAAUAUCCACAGAAGCUGAGAUUUCAAGUUGGGUAGAUGACGGACUUGCCAAAUCUCUGAUCACUUUAUUACACGGUGUGAGUAAGCUUCAACCCAUAUUUGUGGAUAAGUCGAGUAGUCCUUCGCAUGAUAUCAAGUCCAACAUAUUCUUUAUGAUUCGGUGUGAUAUCAUGAAAGUGAUUGCCAAUAUCACAUAUACAUCUCAACAAGCACAAAAUGAGAUCAGAAUGUGCGAUGGGAUUCCAUUAGUAUUGAGCAACUGCGUGAUCGAUGAUUUGAAUCCAUAUUUACGAGAAUAUGCACUGUUUGCAGUGCGUAAUCUGACCAAAAACAACAGAGAAAACCAAAUGUUGAUUGCAUCGCUGGAAGCGAGAAAAGUAGUUCCAAACGAGAUACUGACAGAAAUGGGAGUUGAAGCAGCAAUAGAUCCAGUAACAGGUAAACUGACAUUCAAAUAAACCGUUACUUUACAAAUCAAUUGG